UCGCUCCGAGACUCCGCCUCUCACGGCGCCCACAACAAGGAUGGAGGAAGUCGCUCGCAAGCUCAGCGCCGAGGGCAUCCAGAAACGAGUGCUCAGUGCCGGCAGAGGAGACGCGCCGACCUUUCCAGAUGGAACGAAGGUGGUGUUCCACUACCGCACGAGCCUGCUGGACGGCACGGUGCUAGAUGACUCGCGGACGAUGGGAGGUCGCUCCAAGCCUAUGGAGCUCAUCCUGGGGAAGAAAUUCAAGUUGCCCGUAUGGGAGCACGUGGUUACCACCAUGAGGGAGGGUGAGAUCGCCGAGUUCACCUGUGACACCAAGCACACGGCUCUGUACCCCCUUGUCUCUCAGUCCCUGAGGAACAUCAGCGUGGGAAAGGACCCCCUGGAGGGUCAGAGGCACUGCUGUGGUAUCGCGCAGAUCCAUUCGCAUCACUCGCUGGGCCAUCAGGACCUGGACAGCCUGCAGGCCCACUCUCAGCCGCUGGUCUUCACUCUGGAGCUGCUGCAGGUGCUGCCUCCCGGCUCCUUCCGGCUGGACACGUGGGCGAUGACCGACGAGGAGAAGCUGGAGGCCGUGCCUCAGAUGCACGAGGAGGGCAAUGUGCUUUACAAAAAAGGUGACAUUGCUGCUGCCGCUGAGAAGUACCACAACGCCAUUGCCUGUCUGAAGAACAUGCAGAUGAAGGAGCGACCAGGUGAUGAGGGCUGGAUCCGUUUGGACCACAUGAUCACACCGCUGCUCCUCAACUACUGCCAGUGCAAGUUGUUACAGGGCCAGUACUACGAGGUUCUGGACCAUUGUUCUUCUAUACUCUUCAAAUACGAGGAUAAUGUGAAGGCGUACUACAAGCGCGGCAAGGCGCAUGCCGCCGUCUGGAACGAGGUGGAAGCGCGAGCCGACUUCACCAAGGUGGCGGAGCUGGAUCCGUCGCUGGCGUCCUCGGUGGCGCGGGAGCUGCGUGCCUUGGAGGAGCGCAUCCGCGAGAAGCAGAAGGAGGAGAAGAGCCGCUACAAGAACCUGUUUGCCUCGACCCCGACUGCCGCCUCCAGCGUGAGUCCCGCCGCCCGAUGACCACGGCACCGGAAUGCAGCUGGCCUCCUUUGUGCCUCUUACCACUCUUGUGUAUUUUAGCAAGUCCGGUGUGUGUGUGUGUGUGUGUGUCUACAGGCCACAUGGACUCCACUGUUGUGUUGCUAUGUAGCUUUAUUUACCACCGUAACUGUUACUUAGUCUGUAUGCAUUGGUUUCGCCUGCCUCCUUAGCUGCUCUACCUUCAAGGCGUGCUUUAAAAACAGAGCUGCUGAAACUUGUCUUUCUGUAUCUGCAGCUUGAGUGGGUGGUGUAAAUGGUGUAAACGUCCGUUGUACUUUCUGCUAACUAGUCUGCGAGGCUUUUAAGCUUCUGCGGCUUCUGUUCGGUCCAGUUCGUGGAGCCGUGUGUCAGGAUCAUCUUCUGUUUUCUUUCAUUCUCCUCUUCUCUCUCAGGGCUGAAAGCAGAGAACUUGUUUCUCAUGUGCCAAGAAAAGGGGAGAGGUCUCACACACACACACACACACACACACACCAGAAACACACUACACCUCAGACAUAGAUGCCCCUUGUCAAGAUUUUUACUUUGAAGUUGCUGGCAAGGACACCAAAAAGUUAUUAAAAAAAAAAAAAAAGUGCUUUUAUAACACCCCCCCCCCCACCACCAUUUUCCAGAAUAUUUAUCAUAUUGUCUUUACACCUGCCCUAGUUAUUUAUCUUAAUUUUUGUAUAUUCAUUGUUAUCCUGUAUACUCUGUCUUUGUGUUGUUGACUGUAUUAAUGAUGAUGCUAGUUUUUGAAAAUGUCGGAGACUGGAGAGCUUCACAGCAGAACGAAGAUAGAGUGAAUUUGGAAGCCUUUUCCUUUCUGUAUGUUUCAGUAUUAAGGUAAAUUUCUGCAUAAAUGAUAUCGUAUAGCAGCGCCUUUUCUCGUCUGUACCAUACCACGUAACCUCUGUGUAGCCCAGCCCUGGUGUGGUGUGACUGUGACACUUCGAAUAAAGAGAGCCCAUCACC